CCUGAGUAUGUUGUUACCUGCAACUCCAUCCCUACUGCUAGAUGAUUGCCUACUGUCCUAACUGUCUCAAAGAAUUUGCGAAUCCGUGGGCUGUUACACGACACCUGAACCAACCUCGUACUUCCUGUCUACGAUGGGCCAACCAGCUUGAGAGUGCAUCACAAAUUUUGCUCGACCCUACUAGUCAGGAAGACGAACACACAACUGAAUCAUCACCCAAUCAAACUCCAAGCUCUUCUCUUGAUUUUCCAAUGGACUUGGAAUCUGAGGCGCUGCUUGGGCACUGGCAGGAUACUGACAUACCUGUGGAUGACCCGGAUUGCCUCUACUCUGAUGAGGGAGUUACAGUGAACUUGGAGAGUGAUGUUCUAGGAAGCACUGCAAAGGUAUAUGGGCGUGGCCAAACCUUUCAGGAUCAGUUCAAUGUGGAUGCAUAUGCAGCCCAUUGCAAGGAAAACAUUUACUAUCCAUUCGCCUCCCUUCAGGACUGGGAGCUUGGCAGCUUUCUCUUGCACUCUUCAUUAAGUAUGGCAGCCACCGAUGAAUUCCUGGGGCUCAAACUGGUCAAAGGAUUGCCGUUCUCCUUUUGCACAGCGAAAGAUCUUCGGGGUCGUGCAGAACUUCUGCCUCCUGUUCCUAAGUGGCAGUACCGUGUCAUUUCGACAACUCACCCAACAAAACAGCCAGUACAUUUUUACUGGCGCGAUCCGUUAGAUUGUAUCAAAGCACUUUUUAAUCACCCACUUUUUGCAAAAGAACUUGAUCUUACACCUACACAUGUAUACGACACAGUGGAACGUACAAUGCAGAUAUACAGUGAAUGGAUGACGGGGGGACACCGCAUGUCGCAACUUCCGGAUGGUGCGACACUCUUAGGUGUCAUACUUUCUUCCAAUAAAACCAAUAUCACAAACAUGACUGGUGGACGCCUUGCUUACCUGCUCCUCAUCAGUCUUGCCAAUGUCAAGAUGGCGACUUGA